AUGAAUAUUUCAAAUAUGAAGCUCAAUAAUGUCCAUUACCCAUUUAUUAUCAUUAUUAUUUCAUGCAUUAUACUAGAGACAGUUAGUGAAUUCAUGGGAAAUACGUACCUAUCCAGUAAUGAGAAUCCACAAGAAUCAGAAGAUUCAACGUUCCGGUUAUUACAAGAGAGCAAAGAAUAUUUAUACUUUCAAUGGAAUCCAUUUAAAAGAGAAUAUUACGGUGCUCUAUUUCUUGAACUAGAGGAUGGUGUUUCACGACAAAUGCCAGAUGAUGUAGAAGAGGCAACGUUAAAAACUGUUGGUCCAGCGUGUGAAGUUCAAACGUACUCUCUUAGGCAAUCAGUAGGCCGGGCGAUCGUUGGUUAUUAUGAUAAAGAAUUAAGAGAAUUAAAUUUUAAGCGAAUUUUCAGAGUGCAACAUGGUACAUUAACAAGAAUCAAUGAUAAAUCUAUUAAUUUAACAUGGGAAAUUGAAGAUGAAAUUUGUUCAACUGAAGAUUUAAUCAUUAUAUUUAAGAAGGAUUCAUCAGGAUUUCAUCGAAUGUAUACUGUAACUGUGAAUGAGAAAAUUUUUAAUUUCAUGGAAGAAUUACAUAAUGAUGAACAUGUUAUUAUGACUACAUAUCAUGAAAGUAGUUUUGGUUUAUCUGAAUUAGGUAAAUUUUCAUUAGCAUUCCACAUAACUACAUUAAUUUAAACAAAUAUUUAUAUUACUACUACUACUACUACUA